AUGAUAUCGCCAUCUUCUACGCACGAACAUCGCCACGUAUACCCAGAGACAGCAAGAGUGCAGGACGGAUGCAUCUAUGACACCGAGCGAAAAGCAGGAUUUGCGACUGUAUUGGACGCAGUGCUAGCAUGGACAGGACGGAAGGCAGCACAACCGGCAUGUUCCCCAGCAGUCUCUUGUCCGACCGAGGCUCGUUUGAGUGCGCUCGUCCCAGUCGACGAUAUUCGAAGCUCACUCGACCCCGGCACUUGCAGCAUCACCGGAGACACCAUACGUCCAUCGCUGCCUGCCAACAAGCGAGACAUUACUCUACAAGGAGGUUGUGACCGCCCACGCGCUUUUGGCCCUUUCACCUUCACGAGCGUCUUCGGACGUCCAAUAUACGCUCUCGAAAAAAUGCUCUCAGACCCCUUCGCCAUCGCCACAGCAGUUCUACCUUCGCAUUCGACCUCGACCAGCGCCCCCGCAUUCGCUCUCGACAUGAUGUUGUGCGCUCUUGUGCACAGAGAAUUUGUCGCUGACGGUGUCUUCGCCGCCGAGCUCAACGAGUUCUUCACUCGUGAGCUCUCCGAGGAGGGAUACUCUGGUUGCGAGGUCCGUGUUACGCACGCCCGCACCGAGAUCAUCAUCCGCGCCACCCACACCCAGGAGGUCCUCGGUGACAAGGGUCGCCGCAUCCGCGAGCUCACUGCGCUCGUGCAGAAGCGAUUCAAGUUCCCCGACAACUCGCUCGAGCUCUACGCCGAGAAGGUGCAGAACCGUGGUCUCCACGCCGUCGCCCAGUGCGAGUCGCUCCGCUACAAGCUGCUCGGCGGUCUCGCUGUCCGCCGUGCCGCCUACGGUGUGCUCCGCUUCGUCAUGGAGUCGGGCGCCAAGGGUUGCGAGGUCGUCAUCUCGGGUAAGCUGCGUGCUGCCCGUGCCAAGUCGAUGAAGUUCACCGACGGUUUCAUGAUCCACUCCGGUCAGCCCGUCAAGGACUUCGUUGACGAGGCCGUCCGCCACGUGCUCAUGAAGCAGGGUGUUCUCGGCAUCAAGGUCAAGAUCAUGCAGGGCUGGGACCCCGAGGGACGUGCUGGCAAGCCCUUCCCCCUCCCCGAUGCCGUCACCAUCCUGGAGCCCAAGGAGGAGGCCCCCAUCCUCGCCCCCGUCUCCGAGUCGCGCCAGGCCCCCGCCGAGGUUGCCGCCCCUGCCCAGGCUGCUCCCGCCGCCGAGGUCCAGGCCGAGGCUGCCUACUAA